AUGGGCAGGGAAGUCCUGGACUGGCUGCCCCUGCUGUCAGGAACGCUGCAUCCGCGGGCUGGCGGCCUCCCAAGCAUUCCGGCUGGCAUUACAACGGCAGCAUCACCUGGAUGGCGACUCAUGGGCAUAGCACCGGGCAGAAAGCUCGAGGUCUAUGCUGCCCUGUCCACCACCCCAUCCCGGUUGCGAUCCGGCCGUGAGCUGAAGUCGUGCCUCAUGUCGCUCUUGAAGCAGAAGGCUCCUAUGCAAGUGCUCCUAGCUGUCCCGCGGGGUCCGUGGCGACGCGGUGGCGGCUCGGCUGCGUAUCCGUCUGCUCUUCCGCCAUGGCUCGUGCUUCUGAAGCGGCGGUGGAGGCGAUUAAAGGUUAUUCGGUGCAAGGAUUUCGGGCCCGGAACUGGCCUGCUUGCAGCUGCGAAGCUGGUUCGAGACCCCAGUGCGUGGAUUCUUGCCGUGGAUGAUGACCACAGCUACCACCCAGAGCUCAUAACGAACCUACUCCGCUUUGCUGCCGGAACUCCCGGUGCCGCCGUCGCUGCGCAUGGCUGGCUGCAGCUGAGAGACUCCGACUUCGACAAGGCCUCGGAGAUUUCGGGGCCGGCCUUGGCACGGAAUCUGCGACGAGGAGGCCACGUGGACGCCGGGCCCAUUUUGUGCCACUUCCUUGGGCUUUUGCUGCAGAGGCAGAUGCUGCAAGGCUUAAGGCCGCUGCAGUUUAGUGAGCGGCGAGUCUCCGCUUGCGGGGACCACAACGACAUUUGGCUCUCAGCACACCUCGCAAAGCGGAGGAUUCGGCGGGCAAUGGUUUCCGAUCCCCUUGGCGCAAGUGACUUGUCGACCCAUCGAAGACAAGGCUUGUCCUUGUCUCGGAGAAGACGUCGGCGACCUGAGCACAGCUGUCUCGCGGAGUUCUUGCAGACACACGGAACUGAAUUGUGGAAACCCUUCCCCAGAGUCGUGCUAUGCUCCUUGCAGUCGCCGCUUGGCCUUGCCGAUCACAUCGUUGGUGCAGCAGGUAUGCCGGCCCAGGCCGUUUACAGUUGCGGUCGUCGACCAGGACCGCGAGAUCGUUAUGGGCGCGACGGCAUCAGGUGGCUUCCGUGCUCGGCUUCCAGUGAAGAGGAGUUUCUGUCGCAUGUGCUGCUGCGGGAACGCGAGGCGUCGACAAUCCUCAUGCUCCCGCCUUCGCUGCCUGGAAAUUCUGCGCAGAGCCACAAGGAAGAAGCGGCAGUCAUGACGGCUCUGCUCAACUGCCUGGCCAACUUGCCUGUGUCGGAGGGCUUCUGCGAAGCACAACGCUGGCGGGCAGUGACGGUUGCUGCACUCGCUUGCUUCAACAGUGCUGAGGACGAAGGUCUGCUGCGCAUCUACGGCUGCACUUCGCAAAAUUCCUGGGAACUGAACCGAAGCGGCUGGCAGCGGCCAGCCAGGGAGAUUUGCCGACUGCUCGUGGAGCGGAAGGCGGAGGUAAGCACUCUGAAUCGCAAGGGGCAGAGUGCCUUGCACUUGGCUGGGCGCGCCGGUUUUCAGGAGGUGUUGAGUUGGCUGUCUGCACGCGCUGGGAAGCAGAUCGUGGAGUUACGAGACCACCACGGCAACACGGCGAGGAUGUAUGGUAUACAGUUUCACCCUAAACUUUUUGACCACCCAUCCUCGACCCGAGUCCCUGGGGAUCAGGUGGAUACCGUCUUGAAGCAAUUCCUGAAUGACUUUCCCAGCGUGACCGGUUUCGUCGUGAUCAAUACCGAUGGCAUCCCGACCAAGUGGCACGAGAGCAUGCCAUACGAAAGGGCUGUGAUUUACGCUGCGCUUAUGUCUGAUUUCGUUGCGCACUGCAAGAAGAGCCUGCGGGAACUCCUCAGCGGUCCCGCUGAAUCUGAGCUUGCUAACGUGCGGAUCCGAACAAAGGAGGGCACGGAACUCAUCUGCGUCACCCAGACCGAGUACAUCUUCGUGGUGGUCCAAAACUGCACCGGCAAGCCUUGGCAGCAGGACGAAGAGGGCGCUGCCACUGGCACCGGCGAAGGCGGCGCAUAA